UUCUUUCUUCUGUGCUAUAUAUUUUCACUUUAGUCGUCUGAAACAUCACUGAUUUCUGUUACUGAGUAAAAAAUAAGAUGAGUAUACCUAAUAGAUCAAAGAAACUACUAAGUAAGAUAGAUUCAGAGGCUAAAGCGAAGAUGGAUAAAAGAAAGAAAACAAAGAAACGACGAAGUAGAACACGAACUGAAAGAAAUGAUGUUGAAGAUGACAGGAUUCCCUUCAGAAGUUUUAAGGUAAAUGUGAUGGGAACUUGUCAGAGUUUUGAGUUCAGGGACUGUGCUAGAGAAGAUAUGGGUCUUGAUAGGUUAACUGACAUGAUCAGGACAAACUUGAGACUGAAGGGUGAUGAAAUCAUAGACAUAUUAUGGUCAGAGGAUGCUUGUACUCCAAUGUCUUUGUCUGAGGAAAAAAAAUUCAAGUGUAUUUGGGAUAGAUUAGAAUUUGAUGAGAAUGGUUGGAGUCAGGUUUAUAUGCAAGUGCUGGAGAGUAGUAAGGAUGGUGAUGAACCCUGUGAGACAGUUCCUCCACACAAGUACAUGACACCAAUUAAGAAGACACACCCAAAGAAGCCAAUAUCCAAAAAAAAAUACACCAAAGAAAGCAGCAAUAUAUGAACAAAUUAACUCAAGAAGAAACUCAAGCAGUAUCAAAUGGAAAUACACCUAGUAGUUCAAGAAGAAGUCCUAGGUUAGCAGUAUUGUUUAAGAAACAAAUUGCAGGAAAAAGUAAGGGCAGUAAGAAGAAGUUGUUUGUUGACAUAUCAGAUAAUGAAGAAGAAGUGUUUGAACAAACUCAACAAACACAAUCAACUGUAAAUAAUGAAAUACCUAUUCCAUAUGUAUAUAUUCCUCAGUUCUGUGAAGAAGCUCAACCAACUCAGGCUAGUGUGGCUGAAAACAUGCUUGAACAAGAAGCAUAUUUUCAAGGUGCAACACAAGCAAGUGUGGAUAAUGAAGAAAAAAAGUUUAAUCAUGAUUUCUGGGUUGAAGCUACAACCCAAGCAAGUGUUGUUGAAGAUAUUUACAAGUUGAGUCUAGAAUAUCAGAAGAGUGAUGAGUUUGUAGUUCAACUUCCAAAUAUUGAAGAAGGUGAGUGCCAUCCUGAUGAGGAUAUUAACAAUGUCCCUGGAUAUGAACAAAAGUUUAAAGAUGACAUGGAGUACAAGAAGUUUUUGAAGAAGGUUGAGAAUGGGUGUUUAUCGGACAAGGGAAGUGACAGUGAGAGUGAAAGUGAUAAUGAUGUUGAUAGUGUUGAUGGGGAUCCAGAAUUUGGUGAAGUUGAGGUGGAGAAUGACAAACAAGAGGACCAUUAUGGGGACUUACUGGAUUCUGAAUCUGAAAAGGAACCUACUGAUGAAGAUGAACAUGUUGGGGUGGGGCAGACUUCAGUUGAGCCCGAGUGCAGUGGGGUUACUCAUGAUAAUUCAGAGUUUGAGAAGGAAUAUGCAGAUCACUUCAAGGAAGAAGAUGUUUAGGAAAUGUUCCCAGUUGAAGAUGAAGAGUCAUUGGAUCCAAAUGACCUCAUAGUUGGAAGUAAGUUCAUGAGUAAAUAUUCUUUCUACAAGCAUGUGAAUAAUUACUGUUGUUAGAGCAUAGCUCGGUUGAACCCACCAAGCGUUGUUAUGAUCCUAG